CUGCGUCAUUCACGUUAAUAAUGCAACGGCAUUCAACGUGCAGGUGAAGGUACUGUCUUAGUGUGAGGGGACGUACAAACAGCAGCAGCCAGAGUGCUGUCCCUGGAGCUAGAACCCUACAAUCAAUAGCUAUUGGAUCACGUGCUAUUUGUUUUUGUAAGAACGACUUGAGGACGUCUUAAGAGGAUAAAUACACGAAGGGUAAACAAGUGGCCAAAUGACCGACAAUCGCGUUUACCGGACUCGAACCCUGGGCAUCCCAGCCGAGGGUUUGAAGGACCAGUAUGCAGAUGGCAUCGCUGCUAAGCUCUGGGAACUCUACAUUGGCGACAAGAAUAAAAGAACCGACAUUUAUCGCAAUUUCAUCAUUAAUCUGCUGAGGGACAAGAAUUGUCAUAGCAUCCUGGAUGUUGCUUGUGGCACUGGUGAUCGAGGAAGCUAACUGGUUAACUCUUCCGGAGGACAUCGAGGGUGCGGAGACUUUUGAUGCUGUUGUCUGCCUGGGAAAUUCUUUUGCUCAUCUGCCUGACAUAUCUGGAGACCAGUCGGAACACAAAUUAGCCCUGAAGAAUUUCGCCCAGAUGGUGAAGCCAGGAGGGAUCCUGGUUAUUGAUCACCGUAAUUACGACUACAUCAUAGACUCUGGGUCAGCGCCUUCUCACAACAUAUACUAUAAUAGUGAGCACAUUCAAGAUAUUAAAACGUCUGUGUUAUAUAUUAAUGGAAAGCCAUCUCUAGUGACGCUAGAUUAUUUAAUGGAUGUUAAGACUGCAUCUCGUGACGAAACCGACUCGGAUUUCUCCAAGAAGGGAAGAGUGGAGGGCCCUACUAGAAGUAAUUUCCGCCUCUCGUAUUUUCCUCACCGAGUCUCGAGGUUCAGCGAGCUUCUUCAGGAUGCCUUCGGUGAGAAGGCUAAGCAGUGUGUGUAUGGGGAUUUUAGGCCUAUUGGGGAGGUGAAAAAUCCUGGAUUCUUCAUACAUGUAGUUGAGAAGCCUAUAUAAUGAGUUAGAAACUCAGAUAACUAAUCCAAAGUUGAUGAUUGUGAUAUUAAUUUCAAGGUAGGUUUAGCUAAUAAUUUGUAUGUUGCCUAAAGAAAGUAGACUUGACAUCAGUAAUUUGAAGACAAUAGAUGAAUGUCAUUCAUGCUUUGAUUUUAAGCAGUUUUGCAAAUUUGUACUUAAAGUUUAUUGUAGAUUUGGCAUUGCCUUGCAAAUUACAUUAUAUAACAGCAGCACACAAAUAACCCGCACAUAGAAACGACGUUUUAGCCCAACUUGGACCAUUUACAAGUUAGCGUGACAUGUAAAUGGUCCGAGUCAAACCGAAACGUCCUCAUAAGCUCCUCCAUGUGCAGGUUAUUUAUGUCUUGUUUCAGUCACGGUAUUGUGCCUUUAUGUUCUUUAUCAGCAGGUUGCCAAUUGCCGAAAAAAAGUGCCUAGCAAAUUUCCCACGUGUUUCUGCCUUCCUUAUAUAAAAGCAACACCGGGUAAAAUAUAUGCAGUAUAUGGCAGUCAAAAUAUUGUAUAGGCACAAAUUUUUUUUUAAUUUUUAGACCCACUGUUGUAAUGACUUGAUGUUGAAAUAUACAUCGUUUGUCCAGAAAAUUCAGUGUUGUUGGUUAAUAUUUCUAAAUAUUAAUUAAUAAUGCUAUUAAUAUGUCUGUGUAAUAUUUUAAAGAGGCUGUUACCAAUAUGUAAAUUACAUCAACCCACAGAAAUUUCUAAUGUAUAUUUGAGUCAUGUCAGAACUGUACUCUAGUUUCAAAAUUAAAACUAAUCAGUACUGUACUCUAAAAAUUAAAACCAGUUAGUGCUGUACUUUAAAAAUUAAAACCAGUUAGUGCUGUACUUUAAAAAUUAAAACCAGUAAUUUCUAGGUUUACAUGUUGGUUCAACUGCCAUAGUAAAAAAAUAACACUUUUGUCUUGAGGGAAAACCAAGUGUAUAUGGAGGCUGUUACAUUUUGAAUCUUACCCCAAAUUAACUUGGCUAAUCUUGCGUACAACUAUUAGCACAGCUCAAUGUUUGUCAACGAUUCGCAUGCUGAUUUAGCGAAGCCAAAUAUUUGCUUUCUGCUUUCACAACCAGAAAUGUUGGCUGAAGGUGUAUGGCAGACAUGUGUGGACAAACAUAUGUGUAUGCACCGAGUGUCUUUAAAUACCAUUAGUGCUUAAUUUUGAUGGUAUUAAUUUAAAUACGGUUGCAUUAAGCCACAGAAUGGGUGGGGAUCGAACUCAUGGCAAGGGAGUCCAUGGAUGACUCUUAUUGUAGCCGAGUGGCCCAGUUGUUAACACACUGGUCAGGAAUUUGAGAACUUGUUUGCCGUGGUUUCAGUCCCCGCUCGUUCAGUGGUUUCUUUGCAAUCGUGAUACGAUUACGUUCUUAAAAAGGUCUACUUAGAGCAGAGUCUGCAUGAAGACUUGUUCAGUAUACUAGUAUCUUUGUUCACAAAUAACACUGCCUUGCAAAUUAUGAACAAGUGUUCUGCAACACUGCAAGUGGCUGUCUUUAUGGUUGAUAACAAUAGAUAAUUAUGAAAUAAUUGAAUGAAGGGUAAAAAAAAUGGGGAAUAGUAAUAUUUACUGCCGUGCAGUAUAGUUCAUAAUGUUGAUUAAAAAAUGUUUAUGUAUUCUUAAAAGAGGAAUUAAGGUCCAAAAUAUAAAUGAUUACAUGUUGGUUGUGUGAUAUUUUUACCCCAACUUGUUCCUCAUGUGUGUUGAUGCACAAGUGUGUUUACAAGUUUUUGUUUGUAGAUGUGUGUAAAAAAGGGGCCAAGUAGGAAAUAUAGAAGUUAAUUUAACUUUUACAUAGUUAUAAUUUGUUAAUUGUUUAUAUGAGAUGUCAGCUGCAGUUUGUUUUGUUUGAAACGGUUCAUUCCAAGUGAUGUCGCAUUUAAUAUAUAUUUAAAACUUUAUAAAAUCUCCAAA